AUUACAUCUCGCUGUGUUACUCGGACAGUGCUGUCUGUUAAACUUCAGAAGUUACAACUCGGGAGUGAACGUUUCUCAACAUAUCGACAGAACAACCAGCAGAGCGACACUAUGAGGGAAAUAGUUCACAUACAAGCAGGCCAAUGUGGUAACCAAAUUGGAACCAAGUUUUGGGAAGUGAUCAGUGAUGAACAUGGUAUCGACCCAGCAGGAAAUUAUAUCGGUGACUCAACUCUGCAGCUGGAGAGGAUAAACGUUUACUACAAUGAGGCAUCCUCCCAGAAGUAUGUUCCACGAGCGGUUCUGGUUGAUUUGGAGGCUGGCACAAUGGAUAGUGUUCGAUCGGGGCCUUUUGGUCAACUUUUCAGGCCUGAUAACUUCAUUUUUGGGCAAACAGGUGCAGGGAACAACUGGGCAAAAGGCCAUUAUACUGAAGGGGCCGAGCUGGUGGACUCUGUGCUGGAUGUGGUGAGGAAAGAAUGUGAGCACUGUGACUGUCUACAGGGGUUUCAGCUCACUCACUCCCUGGGAGGAGGCACAGGCUCUGGAAUGGGAACGCUACUCAUCAGCAAAAUCCGAGAGGAAUAUCCCGACAGGAUUAUGAACACCUUCAGCGUUAUGCCUUCUCCCAAAGUGUCAGACACUGUAGUUGAACCUUACAAUGCCACCUUGUCCGUCCAUCAGCUGGUUGAGAAUACUGAUGAAACUUACUGCAUCGACAACGAGGCCCUUUACGACAUCUGCUUUCGCACACUCAAGCUCACCACCCCCACCUAUGGGGACCUGAACCACUUGGUGUCAUCGACAAUGAGUGGGGUCACCACCUCCCUGAGAUUCCCUGGACAGCUCAAUGCAGAUCUACGGAAGCUAGCUGUCAACAUGGUGCCAUUCCCUCGCCUCCAUUUCUUCAUGCCUGGUUUUGCACCACUCACAGCCCGUGGCAGCCAGCAGUACCGUGCUCUCACAGUCCCCGAGCUGACACAGCAAAUGUUUGAUGCCAAGAACAUGAUGGCGGCCUGCGACCCAAGGCACGGGCGCUACCUAACAGUGGCCACCGUCUUCCGGGGUCCAAUGUCGAUGAAAGAGGUGGACGAGCAGAUGCUGGCUAUCCAGAACAAGAACAGUAGUUACUUUGUGGAGUGGAUUCCAAAUAAUGUCAAGGUGGCAGUGUGCGACAUUCCUCCCCAAGGCCUCAAGAUGGCUUCCACGUUCAUAGGCAACAGCACCGCCAUUCAGGAGCUGUUCAAGCGAAUCUCAGAGCAGUUCUCUGCCAUGUUCAGGAGAAAGGCUUUCCUCCACUGGUUCACUGGGGAAGGGAUGGACGAGAUGGAGUUCACAGAGGCAGAAAGCAACAUGAACGACCUUGUCUCGGAGUAUCAGCAGUACCAGGAGGCCACAGCCAAUGAUGGAGAGGAGACAUUCGAGGAGGAUGAGGAAGAAGUGAAUGAAUAAACUAAACAAUUAAUUAUUAAGCCCAAUAUUCUGUUGUUUUCCUCAAUAUAAAGUGCAUUUUGUGGUUUGUAUUCUUAAAGCAAUGUGAGCCCAAGCAAGAGUUUUUGUUACACCGUAUUAUUAACGUGAACGUUUUGAAGAAAUAACAGUGCAGUUACAAUAAACAGUUAAAACACUUUUUGUUUUUUUACUGAAUGAGUUUUCAUUUUUAUAAAAGUUUGAGUUUAUUUACAGUAAGUAGAUUCCUACAUAUUGGCUAGUCUAAUAAUGUAGGUUAACGUAACAGAAACUUUCACAGCCCUUGACAGGUUUUUGUCGUAUAACUGAAUCAGCAAUAUACAGUUGUAGUCAAAAGUUUUCAUAUCCCAAUGGAAAUUUAUAAUUUCUAGAAAUUUCUCAAAAACAAAUUGUAGGAAAAAUCUUUUGUAGCAAAAGUUUUGCUUUUGAGGAUGAGAAAUAGUCUACAAUUAUUUUUUUGUUGCAAAACUCCAAAAAUGCUAAUUCAAAAGUAUUCAUACCGACAAGGCAGAUGAAAUUAAUAGCUAGUUGAGGCACCUUUUGCAAUAUUAACCUCUUUUAAAUGAUUAGGAUAUUUGUCAACGAACUUUUGGCAUGAUUCUUUAGUGAUUUUUGUCCAUUUUUCAACGCAAAAUUGUUCCAGUUCAUUUAAUUUCCGAGGACUUCUCUUGUGCACAGCCUUCUUCAACUCAUACCAAAGAGUCUCAAUCAGAUUUAGAUCAGGACUUUGACUAGGCCAUUCCAGAACCUUGAUGUUAUUCUUCUUUAACCCUUUAAGGACCGGGAUCGUGUUAACACGAUCACACUAAAGUGGGCUUCUAGGGCCUCGAUCGUGUAAACAUAAUAAAAAAAACCACUUUAUUUUGAUGACUUACAUGGCCACCAUACAUUGCAGUACAGGCUUAAAACACAUAUGCAUGGAUAGGGGAGGGACUGACAUUCACUUCCUUACAUUUUUGUUUUCCGUGUGACGUCACUGAGAGGAGCAUUUAAUGUCUAAAGGGAGGAGACAGUUUACACGAGCCUGGCAGACAAAAGCAGAUACAAAAUAUCACAGAAACUUGUUCAGAGCUAAUAAAAAAAGGGGAAACGCUGUAAAUCUGAUGUAUUUAACAUGCUUUUACAAUAUUUAUAAAUAUCAAGAAACGAGUGGAUGUAAGCAUGUUGGAUGUUUCCUUAUUACUGAUAAUAAUGGAAUGAAUAACCUAUUAUUUUAUUUAUACAUUUUUAUUCUGAGAAAAUAAAUUGAGAGUAGUGUCCAUUACUGCUUAUAUAAGAACCUGAGAAUAAACAUGUAUUAUGUCAUUGCAAUCACUCAGGUGAAAUGAUGUUUUGUAAUUUGCUCAUACUUCGAUAUUUUUCAAUAAAAUUUUC